AUGUGCCGCAUCGAACCCAAAGUUCGCCAACAAGGUAGGGGAGCAAAUGGCCUUAAAGAGGCAGCGAUCUACGGAAAGCUAAAGGAAGAGAAAAAAAGGUGCAAAGACGACGCUGUAAAGCUAAUCGCAACGCACAUAACCAGAGACGGUGAAAAACCAUCCACAUCUAAAGCAGCGGCGGCAGUCAGUGAGUUAGCCAAGAAGCACUUGACCGUGGCGCUUACUGAUCACAGUAACCCGUUGGGACGAAUGACGCAGGAGCAAUGGAAGGUAGUUGAGAUGAGACUACUGGAGGCCCUGUUCGCAAAAAUUGACGCUGAUUCGAGCGCAACAAUGCCUACAUUUGAUGGAACAGGUUGGAUCAGCGGCGUCAAGAUAAUAAAGUGUAAAGACGAUCCCACUCUCAUAUGGGUUAAGGAAGCGGCCUAUGGGAAGGGCAUCUCUUGA